ACUUGGAGCUUCUGACUGCCCUGGAAAGGCGGGCAACUGCAAGGGGUCCGCGCGAUACAGCAGACACACGUUCAGAAGCAGAACGAGGGAUCCAGGCCCUAAUCGCCACCUAGCGGUGGCCUCCGGCUCCGCCCGCCGCGCACCGCACUUCUCCUGCACUGCGCAGGCGCCAUGCAUGGAGACCGGAAGCGGAAGGCUUGAACGCGUUGGGUGGGCACCUGUGAGACCACUAGCCAUGCGCGACUUGGAGGAGACCGGCCCUCGACCCACAGCGACCUCGUGCGGGUGCGUGAAGCCGGCUCUGGAGACAGGGAAUCUUUUAACUGAGCCAAUUGGUUACUUGGAAUCCUGUUUCUCGGCCAAGAAUGGUACUCCAAGGCAGCCAUCCAUUUGUAGUCAUUCACGGGCUUGUUUGAGGAUUAGAAAAAGCAUCUUUAAUAAUCCUGAACAUUCCUUGAUGGGCUUAGAACAGUUUUCUCAUGUUUGGAUUUUGUUUGUUUUUCACAAAAAUGGUCAUUUGAGCUGUAAGGCAAAAGUGCAGCCUCCUAGGCUGAAUGGUGUGAAGACUGGCGUUUUCUCUACAAGGAGCCCACAUCGUCCCAAUGCGAUAGGACUGACCCUGGCCAAACUGGAAAAGGUCGAAGGUGGAGCCAUAUACCUUUCUGGAAUUGACAUGAUUCAUGGCACACCUGUACUAGACAUAAAGCCCUACAUAGCUGAUUAUGACUCGCCACAAAAUUUGAUUGAGCCUUUAGGGGACGUUAAUUUACAGAAUAACCAAUGUAAACCAAAUACCGUGUCCCAGUGUGACGGCAAGACUGACAGCUGUGACCAACAGCUCUCAGGGUACGAGGAACCACAGCUCUACAGUUGUACUAAGGAGAAACCUAAAUGUCCUGAAGAUAGAACUUCGGGAGAAAACAACGCAAAACACGACAACUCAGCAAAAAUCCAGCAAAGCUCACCUGAGCCCAGGGAGAGAGCAGCAGAUUUGGGUGAAGAAUCAGGAAGUGGUCCGAGUCCUAGGGUAGCAGAAGAGCAAAGUGGCCCACGUUGCCUGGAGAAGAGCGUUUCAGAGGAACAAGCAGACAGCAGGCUGAGGAGAGGGGAAGCAGCGGUGGUCGCACAAGGACACAGCACGGAGAUGCCGCCCGAGGCUCUUCUCUGUCCUUCCAGGGCGGCCGGUGCAGCCCACUGCAGUGCAGUCCCCACCUGGGUGAGAGAGGCUCCCGUGGCCACCUUGGGAGUCCGGUUUACUCCUCACGCGGAGAUGGACCUUGAGCACCUCAGCUCAGGUGAACCAGGUAUUGGUCAGGCUUCAUUUAACUAUUUUCAGUCAGCGGAGGAAGCAAGGUGUGCCAUCGAGGCUGUGCUGUCAGCCGACCCUCGGUCUGUAUAUCGACGGAAACUCUGCCAGGAUCGUCUUUUCUACUUUACAGUAGACACAGCACAUGUCACGUGCUGGUUUGGUGAUGGCUUUGCAGAGGUCUUAAGGAUCAAGCCGGCUUCUGAGCCUGUUCAGAUGAGUGACCCUGCGGAGUCCUUGGUGCCUCUGGGAUCGUGAGUAGCCUCCGUCGAGUCUUUAAGGCAGCCUAAUUGACUUCGGUGUGGCUGUUGGAUUUUCUGUACAAGCUAGUGAUGUGCCUUCUUUGCAGAAAGAAGCAACACUCUGUGAUCUCACUGCUUUGAUUGAUUUGGGUUGUUCAGAAUAUUUAUUUGAAAAACAUGUAUUUUAAUAAACUAAGAGAUAAAGAAUUUGGAGAAAUCGCCAUAUCAUGAUCGUUUUUGAUCAGUUAAUAUUGAAGAAUCCAAAGGUGAUGCUUUAUCACUGUUUUCUGAAAGAAGUCAAUUCUUCUUGGCACUUGAUAAAACUAACUGGGCAGAAGCUGGGUGGAUGUGUUGAACAAUUCAUGUUGGUUUUUUUGUCUGAAAAAGCCUGACCUCUCUGUUUUAUUCUAAAUCAAACUAAGUUAUGAUAUCUUAAGAAACUUAACAAAUCAAAAACCAAGUAGUUAUAAAGA